CCUAAAAAUCUCAUCGGAGAAGAGACGCAGGAGGAGAAUGCAAAAUGCGAUCGUCUCAAUUCAGAAUCUUCACCCGCCGGCUCCUCACACCGGCGCGAAAUGCUGGCUGCCCGAUCUCUAGGCCUUCCGAGGCAACGUCGCCUUCUCCGGUUGCUUCCGUUCGCUCCUCCCUCAGGUCGUACUCUUCCGGUUGCGGCUCCUCCGUUGACAAGAUGCGGCAUUCUCUUUUGAGAAACUUCUCUUGCCGAAUGUACUCGUCCGAGUCGGGCGAGAAGCCGGGCGCUGCUCCGGAGACAUCGUCGGCGGUGGCAAAGCUCGGCAAGGAAGAGAAGUCUGUGGAAGUAGAGGAUGUGAGCAAUAAAGAUUUGAAGGAAAUGAUGGAGAAGUACUUCACGGGGGACGAAGACGUGCUUCCUGCUAUCAUGGAAUCGAUUCUGAAGAGGAGACUGUCAGGGAAGCAUGAGGAUACCGAUGACGAGUUGAUGGAGGAACUUCAGAUGAAGCCGUUGGACGAUGUGAAAGAUCAGGAGUUCGAAUCUGAUUUCGAGGAUACGCACCCGACGGAUGACGAGAUUGAUGAUUUGUACAGCGCGAGGGACAUUGUAGUUAAGAGAAUGAUGAAAGACGAGUACUUUAAUAUGGAUGAUAAGAAGUGGGACGAGAUGGUGAAUGAGGCAAUGACGCAUGGAGUUAUAAGAGAUACGAGGGAGUGUGAGGAGUUAUUGGAAGACAUGCUUAACUGGGACAAUCUUCUUCCAGCUGACAUUAAGGAGAAGGUGGAGAAGAAAUUCAAUGAGUUGGGGGAUAUGUGCGAAAAUGGGGAGCUUGAGCCUGAAGAUGCCUACAAACUGUUCAAAGAAUUUGAGGAUCAAAUUGUGAUUGACUAUGGAAAGAGAAUGGAAACUGAGGGCGCCAAUCAGUUUGACGAGACUACUGUGCCAGACAAGAAAAAAGGUACAGACGAUCCACCAGGCGAAGGUCCAAUUCUCAGGUGGCAGACUCGUGCAGUCUUUGCUCCUGGUGGUGAUGCAUGGCAUCCGAAAAACAGGAAAGUCAAAAUGUCGGUUACAGUCAAGGAGCUCGGCCUUUCGAAGCAUCAAUUUAGGCGAAUGAGAGAACUGGUUGGUAAACGUUAUCACCCCGGCAAAGAUGAACUCACAAUUACCAGUGAAAGGUUUGAACACCGUGAAGAAAACAGGAAAGAUUGCCUGAGAACGCUCUUUUCCAUAAUCGAGGAGGCUGGGAAAGCAAACAAGAUGGCAGAGGAUGCCCGAGUAGCAUAUGUCAAGGGCAGACUGAAAGCCAACCCAGCUUUCAUGGAGAGGCUGCAUGCAAAGGCGGCAACACGAAGGUCUCCUGCAGUUGCCCAAUGAAACAUUCAACUCGCAGCAACUGCUGCUUCAGUCGAAGCACCACUCGUAGUUCAGUAAAUCGGCCCCCUCAAGGUUAUUGUAUUUCAGUUAGCAGCAACUUUCAGAAAAUGGUGGUUCUUGGUAUACAUUUUUCGCAAUCUACAGGUUGGCAGAAGAACAGUUUUGAAUCAUCUUUGAAAUCGAUGGAGAAAGGAGAUGCUCAUAUUCCGGUUUGUUAUGAACUGAAAGAAUUGGCGAAGGCUGAUGUGAAAUAAGAUUUUUUUGGUGUA